GAUAGAUAAAAACUGAUUAAACUAUCUGACUUCAACUAAGAUCCCAAUCAUUUCCUUUUGAAAAAGUCGUGAAUGUAGGUGAGUUUCUAAAAAUCGACGAAAAUGUUACAGUCUGCAAUGUUAUUGUUAUCCAUAUUUGGGGUAGGUUUUGUCAUUGGACAAUCAUUAAUAAAAGCUGAUGAUACAAAAAUAGUUGGUGGUGAACUGGUAACCAAUAGAUCAGCUUUUGCUUAUCAGGUUUCAGUAAGAAAUGCUGUAUCACAUUUCCAUUUUUGUGGAGGAACAAUCAUCUCUAUAAGGGUCGUGUUGUGCGCCGCUCAUUGUUUCGAAGAUCGAAAUACAUCCCCCGGUGCCAUUGCUAUAGUUGCCGGUGAUCUAUCCAUUCCUUAUCCGUCAAAUGAUACUGUAGUUCGUUACAACGAAGCUGUUAUUAGCAAUGUAGAUUUUAACGGUACAAGUUACGAAGAUGACGUAGCGCUUGUUAUUAUUCAGGGUGAGUUCAAUUGGAACAUAAAUGUUUACUUCGUACCACCCGCAACUGUAAGACCUAACCCAGGAACUAAUUGCGUUAUUUCUGGAUGGGGUUCUACGUAUUCAGGGGGUGGUUCAGUUGAUAACUUAAGAUACGCCAACGUUCUCAUCAUUAGUACAGAGGAGUGCUCCACAAACUAUGGACAGGGUCGCAUUACUCCUGGAAUGAUAUGCGCUGGAUCUAUGCAGGGAGGAAUUGACUCUUGCCAGGGUGAUUCUGGAGGACCGAUGGUAUGUAAUGGAAGCGUCGCAGGGAUAGUUUCAUGGGGGCUAGGCUGUGCAUGGGAGGGUUUUCCAGGUGUUUAUACAGACGUGGCAUACUAUAACAACUGGAUAAUUUAGGGUGAUUCUGGAGGGCCGUUAAUAUGUGACGAUAGCGUGGCAGGAAUAGUUUCAUUCGGAGAAGGAUGCGCAGAGGCGGGUUAUCCAGGCGUUUAUACAGAUGUGGCACACUUUUACGACUGGAUAGACAAUACUAUAACUUAUUAUUUCGCUAACGAAAUCCUAGGCACAACCGCCAGUCCUCCCAACACAAUUUAUACUACCGCUUCACCCCCUGAUAUUAACACUACCCCUUCUCCAUCUGAUAUUAACACUACUCCUUCACCCCCUGAUAUUAAUACUACUCCUUCCCCUAGUGAUAAUACAAACCCUCCAAUUUCUACUGAAAGUCCUCCAGCAACCACUAAUGCACCCCCUCCCGAUAACAGUUCAGUUUCUUACGUCGUUAGUAUACAGUUACUUGUGGCUAUACUUGUUUUCAAUUGUAUUUUUAGGGUAGUUUUCGUCAUUGGACAAUCAUUGACAGACGUUAAUGAUGAUGAUGGUACAAGAAUAGUUGGUGGUGAAAUGGUUCUCAAUAGAUCCGAUUUUGCUUUUCAGGUUUCAGUAAGAAAUUCUUCAAGGAAUCGGCACUUCUGUGGAGGAACAAUAAUCAGUGAUAGGGUAGUGUUGUGUGCCGCUCAUUGUUUUACUAAUAGAGAUACGUCUCCCGGUGCAAUUGCUGUAGUUGCUGGUGAUUUAUAUAUUUUUGAAGAGACGAACGAUACCGUUGUUCGUUAUAACAACAAUGUUAUUGUCCAUGAGGAAUAUAAUGAGACCAGUCACGAAAACGACGUAGCCCUAAUUAUUCUACAGGACGGGUUUAACUGGAGCGUUAAUAUCUUUCCGACAGAACCCGCAAUGGUGUCACCUGACCCAGGAACCAAUUGCACUAUUUCUGGAUGGGGCUCUUUGUAUUCAGGGGGCUUUACGGUAGACGAACUAAUGUACGCCUACCUCCCCAUCGUUGGUACAGAGGAAUGCGCCACAAACUAUGGGCCAAAUCGCAUUCUUCCUGGAAUGAUAUGCGCUGGAUUUAUGGACGAAGGUGGAGUUGACACUUGUCAGGGAGAUUCCGGAGGACCGUUGAUGUGUGACGAUAGCGUGGCAGGAAUAGUUUCAUGGGGGCGAGGAUGCGCACUGCCGGGUUAUCCAGGCAUUUAUACUGAUGUGGCAUACUUUUACGACUGGAUAGACAAUACUAUAACUGAUUAUUUCGCUAACGAAAUCCUAGGCACAACCGCCAGUCCUCCUAACACAAUUUAUACUACCGCUUCACCCCCUAAUAUUAACACUACUCCUCCCCCUAAUGAUAAUACAAACCCUCCAAUCUCUACUGAAAGUCCUCCAGCAACUACUAAUGCACCUCCUCCCGGUAACAGUUCAGUUUCUUACGUCGGUAGUUUGCAAUUACUUGUAGCUAUAUUUCUUUUCAAUUGUAUUUUAGUGCAGUUCUUAAAACCGACGAUAAUGCUGAUAACCAAACUUCUAUUUAUAGGUAUAUUUGGGGUGGCUUCUGUUAUUGGACAAUCUGUAAUAGAAGUUGACGAUACAAAAAUAGUUGGCGGUCACCUGGUAACAAAUAGAUCAGAUUUUGCUUAUCAGGUUUCACUAAGAAGUGGUUCAAGGAAUCGGCACUUUUGUGGAGGAACAAUAAUCGGUAGGAGAGUCGUUUUGUGUGCGUCUCAUUGCUUCCAAGAUCGAGACACGUCUCCCGGUGCCAUUAGGGCAGUUGUUGGUGAUUUAAACGUUUAUGAACCGUCAAAUGAUACCUCUGUUCAUUACAACAGAGCUGUCAUCACCAAUCAAGCUUUCAACAUUACCAGUUACGUGGAUGACGUAGCGCUUGUUAUUAUCCAGGAUGAGUUUACUUGGAGUUCAAAAGUCAAUUUCGUUCCACUCGCAUUAGUAAGACCUGAGCCAGGAUCCAACUGUACUAUUUCCGGAUGGGGUUCAGUAAUUUCAGGGGGUGGUGUAGUUGAUGACUUGAGAUACGUCAACGUUCUCAUCAUUAGUACACAGGAGUGCUCCACAAACUAUGGCCAGGCUCGCAUUACUCCUGGAAUGAUGUGCGCUGGAUCCAUGCAAGGAGGAAUUGACUCUUGCCAGGGAGACUCUGGAGGGCCGCUAGUAUGUGACGGUAGCGUGGCUGGAAUAGUCUCAUGGGGACGAGGAUGUGCAAGGAAUGGUUAUCCUGGUGUUUAUACAGACGUGGCGUACUAUAACGACUGGAUAGAAAAUGCAUUAACCAACUAUUUUGCAAACGAAAAUAUAACGAUAACCACAACUAUCAGUCCUCCUGCAACAGCUUAUACUACCCCUUCCCCCCCUGAUAUUAACACUACCCCUUCCCCACCUGAUAUUAAUACGACUCCUUCUCCCACUGAUAUUAACACUACUCCUUCACCCCCUGAUAUUAGCACUACUCCUUCCCCUAGUGAUAAUACAAACCCUCCAAUCUCUACCGAAGGUCCUCCAGCAACUACUAAUGCACCUCCUCCCGAUAACAGUUCAGUUUCUUACGUCGUUAGUUUGCAAUUACUUGUGGCUAUAUUCGUUUUCAAUUGUAUAUUAUCUGGAGACUCUGGAGGGCCGCUAGUAUGUGACGGUAGCGUGGCUGGAAUAGUCUCAUGGGGACGAGGAUGUGCAAGGAAUGGUUAUCCUGGUGUUUAUACAGACGUGGCGUACUAUAACGACUGGAUAGAAAAUGCAUUAACCAACUAUUUUGCAAACGAAAAUAUAACGAUAACCACAACUAUCAGUCCUCCUGCAACAGCUUAUACUACCCCUUCCCCCCCUGAUAUUAACACUACCCCUUCCCCACCUGAUAUUAAUACGACUCCUUCUCCCACUGAUAUUAACACUACUCCUUCACCCCCUGAUAUUAGCACUACUCCUUCCCCUAGUGAUAAUACAAACCCUCCAAUCUCUACCGAAGGUCCUCCAGCAACUACUAAUGCACCUCCUCCCGAUAACAGUUCAGUUUCUUACGUCGUUAGUUUGCAAUUACUUGUGGCUAUGUUCGUUUUCAAUUGGGUAGUUUCUGUUAUUGGACAAUCUUUAAUAGAUGUCGAUGAUACCAAAAUAGUUGGCGGUUAUCUGGUAACAAAUAGAUCGGAUUUUUUUUAUCAGGUGUCAGUAAGAAAUUCUAUAUCGGAUUCCCACUUUUGCGGAGGGACAAUAAUCGGUAGGAGAGUCGUUUUGUGUGCGUCUCAUUGCUUCCGAGAUCGAGACACCUCACCCGGUGCCAUUACCGUAGUUGUUGGUGAUUUAAACAUUUAUGAAUCGUCAAGUGAGACCUCUGCUCAUUAUAACGAAGCUGUCAUCACCAAUGAAGCUUUCAACAGUACCAGUUACAUGGAUGACGUGGCGCUUAUUAUUAUUCAGGAUGAGUUUACUUGGAGUUCAAAUGUCUAUUUUGUACCUCUCGCAACAGUAAGACCUGAGCCAGGAACCAAUUGUACUAUUUCCGGAUGGGGUUCAGAAUAUUCAGGGGGUGAUGUAGUUGAUGAAUUAAGAUACGUCAACGUUCUCAUCAUUAGUACAGAGGAGUGCUCCACAAACUAUGGCCAGGGUCGCAUUACUCCUGGAAUGAUGUGCGCUGGAUCUAUGGAAGGUGGAAUUGACUCCUGUCAGGGAGAUUCUGGAGGGCCGCUAGUAUGUGACGGGAGCGUGGCUGGAAUAGUUUCAUGGGGACGAGGAUGUGCGAGGGAUGGUUAUCCUGGUGUUUAUACAGACGUGGCGUACUAUAAUGACUGGAUAGAAAAUGCAUUAACCAACUAUUUUGCUAACGAAAAUGUAACGAUAACUACAACUAUCAGUCCUCCUACAACAGUUUAUACUACACCUCCCCCUAGUGAUAAUACAAACCCUCCAAUCUCUACCGAAGGUCCUCCAGCAACCACCAAUGCACCUCCUGCCGAUAACAGUUCAGUUUCUUACGUCGUUAGUUUGCAAUUACUUGUGGCUAUAUUUGUUUUCAAUUGUAUUUUAGCUUGGGUAGUUUCUGUUAUUGGACAAUCCCUAAUAGAAUCUGCUAAUACAAAAAUAGUUGGCGGUCACCUGGUAAACAAUAAAUCGGAUUUUCCUUAUCAGGUUUCGUUAAGAAAUGCGUCAAGCAAUCGGCACUUUUGUGGAGGAACAAUAAUCACUAGUACAGUCGUUUUGUGCGCAUCUAAUUGCUUCCGAGAUCGGGACACAUCUCCCGGUGCCAUUAGGGUAGUUGCUGGUGAUUUAAGCAUUGAUGAACCGUCAAAUGAUACUUCUGUUCAUUAUAACAGAGCUGUCAUAACCAAUGAAGAUUUCAACGUUACCAGUUUCAUGAAUGACGUAGCGCUUGUCAUUAUCCAGGAUGAGUUUACUUGGAGUUCAAAAGUCAAUUUUGAGCCGCUCGCAACAGUAAGACCUGCGCCAGGAACCAAUUGCACUAUUUCCGGAUGGGGUUCAGUAAUUUCAGGGGGUGGUUCAGUUGAUGACUUAAGAUACGUCAACGUUCAAAUCAUUAGUACAGAGGAGUGUUCCACAAACUACGGGCAGGGUCGCAUUACUCCUGGAAUGAUAUGCGCUGGAUCUAUGCAAGGAGGGAUUGACUCCUGUCAGGGAGAUUCUGGAGGACCAUUAGUAUGUAACGGGAGAGUGGCAGGAAUAGUUUCAUGGGGGCGAGGAUGUGGAAGGGAUGGUUAUCCAGGUGUUUAUACAGACGUGGCGUACUAUAACGACUGGAUAGAAAACGCUUUAAAUAUUACCCUUUCCCCUCCAGCUGAAAACACUUCUGUUGCAGUUGUUGCUAGUUUACAAUUACUUGUUAUUGCAUUUGUUUUCAAUUGUAAUUACUAUGUUAUUUUUAAGGGGGGUGGUUCAGUUGAUGACUUAAGAUACGUCAACGUUCAAAUCAUUAGUACAGAGGAGUGUUCCACAAACUACGGGCAGGGUCGCAUUACUCCUGGAAUGAUAUGCGCUGGAUCUAUGCAAGGAGGGAUUGACUCCUGUCAGGGAGAUUCUGGAGGACCAUUAGUAUGUAACGGGAGAGUGGCAGGAAUAGUUUCAUGGGGGCGAGGAUGUGGAAGGGAUGGUUAUCCAGGUGUUUAUACAGACGUGGCGUACUAUAACGACUGGAUAGAAAACGCUUUAAAUAUUACCCUUUCCCCUCCAGCUGAAAACACUUCUGUUGCAGUUGUUGCUAGUUUACAAUUACUUGUUAUUGCAUUUGUUUUCAAUUGUAUUUUAGGAUAAAAAUGAUGUUUUGUAAUUUGUAUGUACAUAAGACGUACAUUUAAUAAAUAAAUAAAUAAAAUAGUUAGUAAUUUUUUGUCGGAAAAGUUCAGAGAGAUGUAAAAGA